AGGAAAACAAUUGUAAAGAAUCGUAAUCCCUCUCUCCCUUGUACUUUCUCUCUUCCUCUUCCAUCGUUGAACCUCUGAAGUGAUUCCCCUUUCCAUGUGUUGGGUUCUUUUGACACCUUCUUUUUCAUCAAGUUCCUUGUGAGAAGGGUUGAAACUUGCCACAAUGAAUCUGGCAUCAGGUGUUGGUGGAAAGAUUGACAAAUCUCAAAUUUUGUCCGCCGUUGAAGAGUAUGAGAAGUAUCAUGUUUAUUACGGAGGCCAAGAGGAAGAGAGAAAAGCUAAUUACACUGAUAUGGUUAAUAAAUACUAUGAUCUUUCAACCAGCUUUUAUGAGUAUGGUUGGGGUCAAUCUUUCCAUUUUGCACCCAGAUGGAAAGGGGAAUCUCUUCAGGAAAGCCUUAAAAGACAUGAGCACUUUCUUGCUUUACAACUUGGCCUAAAGCCAGGACAAAAGGUUUUGGAUGUUGGAUGUGGAAUUGGGGGGCCACUAAGAGAAAUUUCUCGAUUCAGCUCAACAUCAAUUACAGGAUUGAACAAUAAUGAGUACCAGAUAACAAGAGCAAAGGAACUCAAUCGCAUUACUGGAGUGGACAAAACUUGCCACUUGGUCAAGGCCGAUUUCAUGAAAAUGCCAUUCUCAGAUAAUAGUUUUGAUGCAGUGUAUGCAAUUGAAGCCACCUGUCAUGCACCAGAUGCUUAUGGAUGCUACAAAGAGAUCUUCAGGGUGUUGAAGCCUGGUCAAUAUUUUGCUGCAUAUGAAUGGUGCAUGACUAGAGCUUUUGAUCCCAACAAUAAAGAUCACCAAAGGAUAAAGGCAGAAAUUGAGAUUGGUGAUGGACUUCCUGAUAUUAGAUUGACCUCAAAGUGUGCAGAAGCUCUGAAUCAAGCAGGUUUUGAGGUACUAUGGGAGAAAGAUCUUGCAAUUGAUUCUCCUGUUCCUUGGUAUGAUCCUUUGGAUACAAGUCGCUUUUCACUUAAUACAUUUCGUCUGACAGCUCUUGGACGAUUUUUUACAAGAAGUCUGGUAAAAAGUCUAGAAUUUGUUGGACUGGCUCCAAGAGGAAGUCUAAGGGUUCAAGAAUUCCUAGAAAAGGCCGGAGAUGGACUAGUUGAAGGGGGAAAGAAAGAAAUUUUCACACCAAUGUACUUCUUUUUGGCUCGAAAGCCCGAUUAUAACAUUUAAUAAGGUGAUCGAUGUUGCAAAUUACUAAUGUGUUGAGGAACUAGUUAUUGCAUGGGAGUUCUUGGCCUUGCCAAAAUGAGUUGUGUUGAUUUGAGUUUCUUUUCUCUUGAAUUAUCACCAAGACCUCAUUUGAUUUCUUGCUAUUAUUUCCCAAGGAAAUUUUAGUAACAUAUUUCAUGUCGUUGAAUUUAUUAUUUAAGGGAAAUAAUGAUUGGUACAAAAUGUAUUGGAUGAAUUUUAUGUACGAAUAAUAUACAUGUGAUGAUUUCCACCAGUUUUUUUAAA